GUGAAAGUUGAGCAAAAAAGGACAUGUGAACGAACGAACGAACGAACGAACGAAGAGGCCGUGCACGACGAAUCUCACCGACAAUUCUUUUUUGUUCGCAGAAGGCUAUUAUUUUUUUUUCGUUUGUUUGUUUUUAGAAGCGGCUUAUUGUAUAAAAGUCAAAGGCGGCUUAUCAGGACGAGCCCAUCAGCAAUCGGCGGUGGCGCUUCAGAGAAGAGGUGCCGAGAGAAAGAUUACCUCGUCUCUCUUUCUCUCCCUCUCUUCUUCUCUCCCUCUGUCUCUCUUUCACUCACACAUAGACACACACACACACGCUCCGCAGCCGCACCCGAAGCGCGUCCCGCAGCCUUGCUCUCUGUCCAACCUGCCGUAGCAUGGCCAAAUCUAGUAGAGCUACUUUGGCUCUGCUCAUCUACGGGAUCUUAAUGCGCUACAGCGCCCAAUGCACACCCAUCGGAAUGGGCUUCCCCAAUAUGAGGCUAGAAAACGACGUGUUCGGGGACGAGGGAAACUCGUUAAGUGAGCUGUCCUACGAGCCGGACACGAUGAGCGCGCGCAGUGCUCCAGCCCUCCCUGAAGACGCAUACACACUGUACUACCCGCCCGAGAGAAGAGCCGAAACGCAUGCAGACGGAUUGUUAGAUAGAGCCUUGAGGGACAUCCUGGUUCAGUUAUCAGCCCGAAAAUAUCUGCAUUCUCUGACGGCAGUUCGCGUAGGUGAGGAAGAAGAGGAUGAAGAGGACUCGGAGCCACUGUCGAAGCGCCACUCGGACGGCAUUUUCACGGACAGCUACAGCCGCUACCGGAAACAAAUGGCCGUAAAAAAAUACCUUGCAGCAGUGCUGGGAAGAAGGUACAGACAGAGGUUUAGAAACAAAGGACGCCGCUUUGCUUAUUUGUAGCGGAUAGGAAGAAAAGGAAAGAAAGAAAAAAACGCGAGAGAGAGAGAGAGAGAGAGAGAGAGAAAUAGAGCAACUGCCCUCCCUUGUGUCCAUUCAAUCAUACAGUCAGAAGUCUGGUAUCUAACUUAACACUGAGCAGUCAGUCGGUGGAUCUCGCCUGUGUUCUUUUAAACAUGUAUUUUAUGUACGAAGUCAAGCCAUUAAAAAUAUUUUAGUAAGAACA